UCCAGUGCGGUGUGUUCUGCUCGUGAGCGAUGGCAUACACAGCUAAAAUUGGCCCGUCUAUUUUAAGUAGCGAUCUUUCCCAGCUGGGGAGAGAAUGCAGGCGGAUGAUGGAGUGCGGUGCGGACUAUUUACAUCUGGACGUAAUGGACGGGCAUUUUGUUCCGAACAUCACGUUUGGCCACCCGAUGGUAGAAUGUCUACGGAAAGCUGUGGGUCCAAAUCCUUUCUUCGACAUGCACAUGAUGGUUUCCAGACCAGAACAAUGGGUGAAGCCAAUGGCAGCUGCAGGAGCCAAUCAGUAUACAUUUCAUUUGGAGGCCACUGCGAAUCCUGGGAACCUCAUUAAGGAAAUUCGUGAGAGUGGCAUGAAGGUUGGUCUGGCUAUCAAACCUGGGACCACAGUUGAAGAAUUAGCACCAUGGGCUGGGCAAAUUGAAAUGGCUUUGGUUAUGACCGUGGAGCCAGGAUUUGGUGGACAGACGUUUAUGGAGGACAUGAUGCCAAAGGUCAGCUGGCUAAGAAGUCAGUUCCCUUCCCUAGAUAUUGAGGUAGAUGGAGGAGUUGGACCAGACACUAUUCAUCGCUGUGCUGAGGCUGGGGCCAACAUGAUUGUGUCAGGUAGUGCUGUUAUGGGCAGUGCAGACCCUCGAUCUGUGAUUGCACUCCUCAAAGAUGUCGUCCUUGAAGCUAUACAGAAACGAUCUUUAGACCGCUAAUAAUAAUACUUUUUCUGGGACCAGCAUAAUCUUGUCAAUUUUCUUGUUAAUUAAGCCUGACAAAUCUGUUUCCUAAGACUGUUUACUUUUUUUUUCUUUUUUUUUACCCUUUCUUUUAAAUGCCAAUACAGCCUUCAAGACCUUAGAGUUUAUGCUUGCUUCAUUUGGAAUAUUGUUCUUUUAGCCUGUUUUAUGCUAGUAGAUAAAUGCCCCAGCCCAAGCAGCUCUAGAAUAGUUAUACCACUAACUAGAAAUAUUACAGUUUAAGGUGAAUUAUAAAGAAAGUAAUUACACGAAGAGGACAGUAAUAUUCAUGGAUAAGCUUGUACAUUCCAUUCACUUGCUCUUAAAAAAAGUGACAAACAUUAAUGUAAAUAAAGAAUGAGGUAUAUGUUACUUUGUUUUUUAAAUAUAUAGAUGGAAAAUUUCAUUUUAUUUUUUUCUAACCAUUUCCCAUAAAAUCCCUGUUACAAAUGCAGUGACUUAAAAAAUGCUGCAAUAAAUGGUUUAUUUUAAUAUUGCAUUUAGACAUAAGAUGUGUCUUUGAAUUGGUGGUUGGUGGUUAAAAGGAAAAUGUCCAAAUAUUUCUCAUGCAGGAAAGAGACUACAAUAAAAGACAACCAAAUGCAUUUAAUACCUCAAACAAUAUGCAGUAAAAUGGCAAACACUCAACACUUUUGAAAUGUACACAAGAAACUUUAUGGGUUACCUCCUAUAGUAAUUGGGUACAAAUUACGAGAGACUAUGCAAUUAUAUUUUAUUUAAUAUAACUGUUAUCGUUCUUAUAAAAAUUGCAGUAUUCUGUAAUUUUUUAUCAGUAAAAAGCCCAAAUAGUUUGACCAUGUAUUAAGACCACUUCAUUGUUUAUUGCCUGUUCUCUUAAUGCUGCAAAGAAAGAAUAUAUGGGAAAUGGGAAUUCUACCAAAAUAUAAAAUAAAAUUAAAUUAAACAUUCUUGUGGUAAAUUCAGGUCACACUUCAAAUGACACUCAAUAUUACCAUAACUCCCCACAAGCAAAGUGGGGAGCUUAUAAGAGGAGAGCCUCCCUCCUGCUGUUUCGCUCGAUAUUUUCCGUAUUUUGACCAAAAAUUAAGGCAUCCAGAUCAUUGUAAAAUUUUAGAUUUAAACAAAUUUAUUACAAUUUAAGGUGUGAUUGACUGGCAUGCUAAAUGUGUUUUGGGGGGCGUGUAUCUGUUCUCAUGCACCGGUGAAGCUUAUUCUUCGAGCAGUCUGUAUUCUCAGUACUAAAGUUAUAGUAUUUUAAUGUGUUUAGCAUUUUCAAUUCUGUCAGACUUGUGAAUAUUAUCGAAGUAAACGGUGCAGUUUAGGUCAAAGAUGCAUACAUGGUCAGAGUCUAUGCUGCAUAAAUAUAGAAAGGGUAAAGAUUAACACACUUGGUGCAACUGAAGUAAAACCACAAACAUACUGUAGAUUUUUACCCUCCAGAUCAAUAAUUGUCUGCUGUCAAAGAAAAAUGAACAUUCAAGUGCAUUUAAAUGUCUGUACAAAUCAGAUCAUGUGUCAAACAGUGGGACUGCAAUACUUAAGUGUAUUCAAUUAAACAAUUACAAUAAAACAAUUAAACAAU